AUGACUUCCGAAACGAGCGAGAAGGAACACAAGGCGGCAUUUCCACCGGGCGUAGUGGAAGAAAAUACAGCCGAUGACCUUCUUGCCAACCUGGGCUACAAGCCAGAGUUGAACCGGAAUCGAUCCACUCUGCAGGUGGCGUUCAUGUCGUUUGUGUUGGCUUCAAUCCCAUGGGGCUUGUCCACGACGGUGACCUAUCCAAUCAUUGGUGGAGGACCUGUCAGCAUUAUCUGGGGGUGGCUUGCAGUGUCCCUGAUUAUUCUGUGUGUUGCUGCAUCUCUUGGCGAGAUCACUAGCGUCUAUCCAACUGCAGGAGGCAUCUGUGGCUGGCUCUAUGUCGUCGGCAAUAUCACCAUCACGUUAUCGGUCACCUUUGGCAGUACAACCUUUAUCGUUUCCUGUAUCAACGUCUUCGAAAACAAAGAUGGUGGACCCGUAUUUGGAGACGAGCCGUACAAGACGAUCCUUCUCUUCAUAGGAGUUACCCUUCUCUGUAACGCCGUCUCUGCCCUGGGUAACCGUUGGCUUCCCAUCCUCGAUACCGCAGCCAUAAUCUGGACUUUUGCAGGAGUCAUUGCUAUCGUCGUGACCAUUCUCGUCCUAGCCAAGAAUGGACGUCGUGAUCCAAGCUGGGUCUUUACACACUUUGAGAACAACUCAGGUUGGCCAGACGGUUGGUCAUUUUGCGUCGGUCUUCUGCAUGCCGCCUAUGCCACCUCGGCGACUGGCAUGAUCAUUUCGUGGAAUGCGAUGGUCGCUACCAUAUGCAUCAACCUCUGCGCUGGACUGCUCUUCUUGAUCCCCAUCGUCUUUGUUAUGCCGGACAUUAGCGAAGUACUUGCUCUUGCACAGCCUGUCCCUUACAUCAUCAAAUCAGCUGUAGGAUCUUCAAGUGGCGCUUUCGGCUUGCUAAUUCCACUCAUGGUCUUGUCCAUCUUGUGUGGCAUCAGUUGUACAACAGCGACGUCUCGCUGCGUCUGGUCAUUCGCUCGCGAUGGCGGCAUUCCAGGGGCGGUUUGGUGGUCUAAGGUUCAUGAAAGCCUUGGCCUUCCUCUCAACGCCAUGAUGCUAGCAAUGGUCUGCGAAAUUUUGCUUGGCUUUAUCUACUUUGGAUCCUCUGCCGCCUUCAACGCUUUUGGUGGUGUGGGCGUCAUCUGUCUAACGGCAGCAUAUGCUACGCCUAUAGGCAUCAGCUUGUUUACAGGCCGAAAGCAGGUGAAGAAGGGCUUGUUUUACCUUGGCAAGUUUGGCAUCUUUACCAACAUCGUCGCCAUCGCCUGGUCUAUGCUUGCCCUUCCUCUUUUUUGCAUGCCCUCGAUGCUUCCUGUGGACCAAACUACUGUCAACUAUGCCCCCGUUGUGUUCGUCGCGGCAACUGCAAUCUCGGGUAUCUGGUAUUGGGUUUGGGGUUAUGAGAACUACGUCGGGCCUCCUGAUGCAGGUGAUCACAACUAA